AUGUCCUUAGUUACUCAUCAUCAAAGUUUACCAGCUUUUCUUCAUGACAGUCUUUUCAAGGCUAGCCACUAUUUAUCUAAUUUUUCAGUAAAUUGUGAAUAUUUCUUUCUUGCUUUCUUUCCUUCCUUCCUUCUUUCUUUCUUUAUUUCUUUCUGUCUUUCUUUCUUUCACUAUCUCCAUUUCUUUCUUUCUUUCUUCUCAACAAAUCCAUUCUUAUUACUUUCCAAAAACGCUAGAUUAUUUGUCUGUCUGUCUGUCUGUCUGUCUGUCUUUCUUCCUUUCUUUCUUUCUUUCUUUCUUUCUUUCUUUCUUUCUUUCCUUCUUUCUUUCUUCUCAACAAAUCCAUUCUUAUUACUUUCCAAAAACGCUAGAUUAUUUGUCUGUCUAUCUGUCUUUCUUUCUUUCUUUCUUUCUUUCUUUCUUUCUUCUCAACAAAUCCAUUCUUAUUACUUUCCAUCCAAAAACGUUAGAUUGUUGUCUUUUUUCUUUCUUUCUUUCUUUCUUUCUUUCUUUCUUUCUUUCUUUCUUCUCAACAAAUCCAUUCUUAUUACUUUCCAUCCAAAAACGCUAGAUUGUUGUCUUUUUUCUUUCUUUCUUUCUUUCUUUCUUUCUUUCUUUCUUUCUUUCUCAGAAACACUAUAUUCCUUUCUCCUUUCCAUACAGUUUUUUGCCAUUUUCAACAUUUCCCAUUAUUACUGCGAAAUUUAUGUUUCUCUUUACAUUUGGCUUCUUGUACAAUUAACAACGUCUCUUCGAUCCACUACUUUUUUUCAUUUUCCUUUCAUUUUUUCAUUCUUUCCUUCCUACUCCCUUUCUUUAUUUCUUUCUUCCUCCCGAUUUAGCUAUCUCUCGGGUGUUUUCCUAAAGAUGCCACACGGAAUUAGGAGUUUCUUGCUUUUGGAUUUUCGUAAAAUUAACAACGUCUCUCUCUCUCUCUAUCUCUCUCUCUCUCUUUCUCUCUCUCUCUCUCUCUCUCUCUCUAUCUCUCUUCUCUCUCUCUCUUCUCUCUCUCUCUCUCUCUCUCUGAAUUUAUACUCAUUUCGUUUCAAUUUUGAGAAAGAAAGAGCAAUCAAAGACUGA